GCAAUUUUGGCUCAAGUUCAAACCGUGGGGCCUCGGCGGCUUGAACUUGCCCGAAACAGCAGUGAGGCCUCGGCCAAAGCAUCUACUAUGAGCUAUUGCCCCCUUAACAGACGUGCACCAAAGCACGCUCCGCGUCAUCUUGUGCGCGGCUAUCACACUGCAGCACUUUGCUGCAGUCAGUUGGUCGUUUCCCGCAGAUUCCACCAUGGGCCGCCGUGGUGUGCUGAAGCAGGAGAGGCGCGAUGUGCGUGGUGAGUCGUCUCCAUCGCCCCGCCUCCGCACAAGUUCUUCGAGGUCUCCUUCGCCCGCAUGUGGCCGUCGGCAGGCCAGCCGCAGUCCUCUCAGCCGUUCAGGUUCAACGAAGACAUCCAUGCGCAGCAGCGGGCGAAAAGUUCGACACCAUCAUGGGCAGCAUCCACAGCAUGACUCUGAAAUGGAUCCAAAACGCCGACGACGUGACAUCCCUUCGCUUCGCCGUCUCUACAAUCGCCACCAACUGUGGCGAGCUUGCGGGCCAUGUCGCCCAUGAUCCUCCAGUACGACUCCAAGCACAGUGAGCUAGAUAACCACUUCGAGUGUGCCAUGCGUGACCCAGAUGCGCGCAUCGGCAACAUGCACCAGGUUGUCUGUGGGCAGCAAAACGUCCACAUCGGCGACUCCCCCAUGACAAAGAACUCGUCCAUCCUGAACUCCACGUUCCAGACGCUGGAGCUGCAGCAGAUGACGCCGUUGCACGAGGCUCAGCAGAUCACCGAAAACCACGUUUGCGAGAUCCGGCCAUCACCUAUUCCGAAAUCCCCACACUCCAAUUCGAGACCCGCUGGUGGACAUCCAGCAGAUGAGCAUCAACAGCAGCAGGUUUGCAAGCUUGUUCUGCUUGGAUUUGCGCGACCUCUUGCUGGUGCUAUGCGGCUAGUUGGCUCGGCCUGUCGCGCGGCCUUCGCUCCCACAUCCGAUCGCCAGAAAAGGAUCGCUCCAGCUCUCUGCAUCGGCCAGCAAGAAACGCUGAUGCUCGAGGCUGCCAGUGCUGCAUCGAAUGCCCUGGGACAAUGAUUCCAGGUCUGGUGGUGCUUGGCCCCAUCCCGAUCCACUUCCCCUGUCCUCUUCGCACUCCCCUCGCCUCCGCAGGGACCUCGGCUUUCAUGGCCGCC